AUGUCGUUGGUUAAUAACAAUGAACCUAAUUGUAAUGACCUAGCAAUUGACAUUCACAAUCUUAAUUUCAGUUUUGGAGGACCUCCUAUUUUGACAAAUCUGCAUUUACAGUUAAAAAAGGGAAGCCGAUGUUUAUUAGUCGGCGCAAAUGGGGCAGGUAAAUCUACUUUAUUGACAAUAUUGGCAGGAAAAAGAAUGGUACGAGAUAAAGUAUCUGUUUUCGGGAAAGACGCAUUUAAAGAUGCUCCAUCUGGUAUUACAUAUUUAGGGACUGAAUGGGCAAAUAAUCCAGUUAUUCGUGGUGAUGUUUUAGUUGCCACGUUGUUGUCAAACAUGAGUGGGGAUAAAUAUUCUGAAAGACGAGAUGAGUUAAUAGAAAUCAUGGAUAUCAAUCCAAAAUGGCGCAUGCAUCAAGUAUCUGACGGACAAAGACGCAGAGUACAAUUUGUUUUAGGCUUACUAGAACCAUGGGAUCUGUUAUUGAUGGAUGAAGUUACUGUUGACUUGGAUGUAUUGGUACGAACAGAUCUGUUAAACUAUCUAAGGAAAGAAACUGAAAAGAGGGGUGCCACGAUAAUACAUGCAACGCAUAUAUUCGAUGGACUCGGUGACUGGCCUACACAUAUCGCUCACAUCAAACGUGGAACGAUAGUAUCAUUCUACGAUUUCAAUAAUUUUCCUGUGCAUGACAAAAUGAUACAUCAACAACUUCAAGUAUGUUCUUACUAUAAUAAUAAAGAGAAUAAAGUUGACGAUGGAACAGACCAACAAUUAUCAUCACAUCUAAUUUCAUAUUUCCGUAAAAAUAUGAAUUCACCGCUUUUAAAAAUUGUUGAGCAAUGGUUGAGAGAAGAUUUACAGGAAUUGAGGCUUCUUCAAGCUAAAGAAAGGAAAAAAGCCGAUCAGGAACAGGAUAAAAUACUGUUGGGAGAAGAAACACCAAGAACAAAAUGGGAUAGUCUUUCAGAAAAUGCAAAUGUACAUGGAGAUAAAUAUUAUAAUUAUUGGAAUAAAUA